AUGUACGCUGUUUGCUGUUUGUUCGACGGACGACUUCUGCUAGCACCCGCAAGCAAAGGAGAGGCGAUGACAGCAGAGGGAGACCGAACUCGCAGACUGAAGCUAGGAUCAUUCGGGACCAUCGUCGCGCCUCGCCUCCAAGCUUCGAAAAGCCAGGACCUGCAGACACACGCUCAUCAUCAUCACCACACCUCCGCCGCCGCCACCACCACCUCGGUCGCGCGAAACCUCGGGGGCUCAUCCAUUGCUCCGUGGUCUGUCGCGAGCGCCAUUGCCAUUGGGUCCUGGUCAACGACCCCAUUGCCCACUGUUGUUGUGCUGCAUACGAUUGCUGGUCCCGCAUUCGAGCCACGACACCCAAGGGUCAACCUCGACCUCAUGAACUACCGACGCCGAUUCAUGGCCGAGGUGGGACGUGUCCCAUACUGGACGGCCUCUUUUCCCUUGUUCCUCUGGGAGAAAUUGUACUAUACUGCUGUUACACGGCGCCGCCCCUGA